GACACCUGAGCUUCAUUCGAUUUCGAAUUGUUCUCGGGCGAUGCGACAGCCAACGCUAUAUGACAAAUUGGAAAGAUGGUGGAAUCAGGGAUCUCCUUUGGAACCAUCAAAUCUCUCUUGAUCUUCUUCGCACCGAUCAUUAUACCUCGGAUCGUCAACUUCUACCGGAGUACGCGAGUCGCAUUAGCAUCACGUCCAGCGCCUCGGGCUCUCCCUCAGAAUGCAUCGCGUGCCCUGAAUGUCCUCUUCUUUGCGAUUCUCUUCUUUUUACUUCUUAGCCUACCGUUUAACCCCCAUGCGCCGAGCCCAAACAUCUUCGCUCUGACACGUUCACGCCUUAAUACCCCAACGGAUGUCGUCUUUAAUCGGCUGGCGCGUUAUAGACCAGAGAACUUGUUGACAGAUGCAGACAUAUUACUACGGUCCAAGUUCACGUCGCUGGGGGCCAGAAAGGUGUACCUACGUUUUGGGCCAGAGACAUUGACAGGAUGUCAGUUCUGCUCACUUGACAAUAUAAACACCUACCUCCUAUACUAUCUUCCCUUCCACACGCUGCUUCCACAUCUUUUCCACAUGGUGAUCGUGGGGUUGGUCACAUCGGCACCAUUCGCAGGUCGAGAGGCGGCAGCCUGGCGCAACAAGUUCACGAUGGCGGGCCUUGCUCUGGCUACCCUAGAUGCUUACAUCGUAUUUACGUACGAUCCAGUACAGUCAGCGUCCGCUGCUGUACGGGCCGGUAUCAGUCCGCCAUCGAGUUUGUACCAUCAGAUCACUCUGCUGCGGCCCUUGGCGUUUGCGAUCUUUGACGGCAUCUGCUCUUUCUUGAUUUACGUGACGGCUACCCACCGUUUCUUCUUCACUCCUCCCUCCCAAGCGGAACAAGUGGAUCAGUUGGUGGGCUCAUCCCUGUCGGCUCUGUCUGGAGCCACUGCGAAGCUCCAUGCCGUGAACGUGGCUCGCAACGCGGUUGUCAGGGAUAAAGUGCUGAAAGACCGAGAUGAUGCAUAUUGGCAGGCAGUUGUUGCGAUGAACGCGGACACUGCCAAGGUUGACAGUGGAGAUCCGUCGACUAAUAUCUGGGAGGAAGAAGAAGUGGUGCGAGCUAUGUCGCGGGCGAUGGCAGGCGAAGGAGGCGUGGAUUUGGCCAAGUUGGGCGUUAGUGCGGCGGAAUAUGUCAAUGGAGUGACGGCCGACUUGGAUAAUGAUACUGAGCCUCACGAGAAAUCAUAGUAGACGUUGUUAUUUUGUUGUCUUCUGUGUAGUAGAUAUCCAUAGUUGAAUGGGCUAUAUAAAC